AUGGCGUUUCGGCUUUGUGCGUCGGUCUCGAUUACGAUCGUCCUGUGGAGCGACGUGCGAGAAAGAGACGGUGCGCCGAUCGUCCUUGUCGCACGGAUGUCAUCGGCCGUCUUGGACGGGUCGGUUGUUGCCGCUCGUCUUGUCGCGCGUGUUGUGUCCUUAAGUGUUGUGGCCGCUGCGCUGAACCUCCUUUCUCAUCUCGCAGAUUCGGGCUGCGCCCGGCCGCAUUGCGGC